UUGGAAAGCGACGACGGACGCCAUGCCCAGCCUCGGCGCCCUUACGCUCGACCAAGACGCCUACGUCGACCUCCUCCGCAAGCUCAUUGACGUUGCGGAGCAAGUCCAGAACGCGCCCGGCCUGGGGCUCAUCCCCAAGGAAGACAUGGUCUCCGACAUCGUCCUCGAGGCCCUCGCGCCGUACCUCAAGCAGAACGGCGGCGUCAUUGAGGCUCAGCGCGUGAGCUUCCAGGAGGGCCGCGGCCACUUGAUCCUCAAGUACCCCGGCACGUCCAAGGCGACCGAGACGAUCAACUUUGUCGGCUCGCACUUGGAUGUGGUGCCCGCCAACCCGGAAGGCUGGGAGCGCGACCCGUUCAAGCUGAGCGUCGAAGGCGACAAGCUCUACGGACGAGGCACGACCGACUGCCUCGGCCACGUCGCGCUCGUCACGCAGUUCUUUCUCGAAUUGGCCAAGCACCAAGUCGUGACGCAGAAGACGAUCUCGGCCGUCAUGAUUGCUUCGGAAGAGAACAGUGAUAUCCCUGGCGUCGGCGUCGAAAACCUCAUGGAGACGGGCAAGAUCGACUUUCUCAAGAACGGCCCGGUGCUCUGGAUCGACUGCUCGGACAGCCAGCCCUGCAUCGGCACCGCCGGUGUCAUCACGUGGUCGCUGCGCGCCACGGGCAAGCUCUUCCACAGCGGCCUGCCCCAUCUCGGCAUGAACGCCCUCGAGAUGGCCAUGGACGCGGUGAACGAGCUUCAAACGCGCUUUUACAAGGACUUUCCCCAGCACGAGAAGGAGCUCCCGUACAACUUUGCCACGGCGUCGACUUUGAAGCCGACCCGCAUUGAAAGCUCGACGAACGGCAUCAACCAGAUCCCACCGUGGUGCAAGGUCUCGGGCGACGUGCGUCUCUCGCCCUUCUACGACAUGACCGACCUCCAAGAGAAGCUCCAUGGGUACGUGGCCGACAUGAACGCCAACAUUGAGUCGCUCGCGUCGCGUGGCCCGCACUCCAAGUACUCACUGCCGAAAGAGAACCUCGUGGGGAAGCUCGAGCUGACGCUCGACAGCGACUACUCGGAAGGCAUUGCUUGCUACCUCGAUGCACUCGGCUUCCAGUCGUUCGACGCCGCCGUCAAGGCCGUCAAGGGCGAGUCGCAUCCGUUUGCGACGAUGGGGUCGCUCCCGCUGGUCCGCGACCUCCAGCGCGCGGGCUUGGACCUGACGCUCACGGGCUUUGGCAAGAGCUCCGUCUACCACGGCGACAACGAGUACUGCCUCCUCAGCGACAUGGUCGAUGGCAUGGCGAUCCUCGCGCACUUUGCGCAGACGGUCGAUAACGCCUAG